AAACUCAUAUGCAACCAAUUUGCGCGUGGAGUGUUUGCGAUGCUGGGCGCCGUCACACCCGAGUCUUUUGACACGCUACAUUCAUACACCAACACGUUUCAAAUGCCUUUCGUCACUCCGUGGUUUCCAGAAAAGGUCAUUCCUCCGUCGUCUGGCUUGAUCGACCACGCUGUGAGCAUGAGGCCGGACUACCACAAAGCAAUCGUGGAUACAAUCGUGCAUUAUGGAUGGAAGGAAAUCAUUUACGUAUACGACUCACAUGACGGGUUGCUGCGCUUGCAACAGCUGUACCAAUCUAUGCAGCCAGGCCGCACUGCGUUCCGAAUCUCACUUGUGAAGCGAAUCAAUAACGCAUCAGACGCUAUGGAAUUCUUGUUGGCUUUGGAACAACACGACCGCUGGGGCAACAAACGCAUAGUGCUGGAUUGCAACACGAAAAAUGCGAAAAACAUCCUGCUCGGCCACGUCCGAAAAGUACAAUUGGGCCGGCGGACCUACCACUACAUGCUCAGUGGGCUGGUUAUGGAUGAUCACUGGGAAAACGAAGUUACGGAGUAUGGAGCAGUCAAUAUAACAGGGUUUCGCAUCGUCGACCACUCGCGCAAGAUUGUACGCGAUUUCAUGGACGGUUUGCGACGAAUGGACCCACGGUUCAAGGGGACCAUAUCGGCACAAACAGCGCUGAUGUACGACGGUGUCCAAGUCCUCAUGGAUGCAUUAGGCAGGCUCUGGAGAAAGAAACCUGACGCCUUCAGAAGCGCGCUCCGUAGAGCGGCCGGUCAAGCGAACUCUACUAAAGUCAUCGACUGCAAUCCUGGCAAAAGUUGGGUGGUGCCUUUUGAGCAUGGCGAUAAAAUUUCAAGGCUUAUUAAAAAGACCGACAUAGAAGGCUUAACUGGGAAUAUCUCAUUCAAUGAAGAAGGACAUCGGCACAACUUCUCUUUGCAAGUAGUAGAAAUGACAGUACAAAGCGCGAUGCUACAGGUUGCUACGUGGUCAGAUACCCAUGGCCUUGUAUUAGUUCAACCUAAGUACGUGCAACUUCGAUCACCGGCCUCCUAUGAUACAAAUAAAACUUACGUAGUCACAACAAUCAUCCAGGAGCCUUACAUGAUGCAAAAAACAACAGAAUACGUGUACAAGGACGAACCAUUGCAUGGAUUUUGCAAGGACUUGGCCGAUCUUAUUGCGAAGAGAAUGGGCAUUAAGUAUGAACUAAGACUUGUAAAAGAUGGCAAAUAUGGAACCGAAAGUCCUACGGGAGCAUGGUCUGGUCUCGUUGGCGAAAUUUUAAGAAAGGAAGCUGAUAUUAGUAUAGCGCCUCUCGCUAUCACGCCAGAUCGGGAAAGAGUGGUGGAUUUCAGUGAGCCCUUCUUAUCAAUCGAUUCCCCUGUUACACACAAGAAAGUGCCAAAACAAUUAUCUGAUACGUUCAGCUUCCUCAAACCGCUAUCCAAAGAAAUAUGGUUGUGCGUCCUUUUCAGCUUUUUUGCUGUAAGCAUCGUCCUGUUUUUAGUAUCAAGAUUUUCACCCCACGAAUGGCGUUCCGUCUCUAUCUCUGAAACUCAGUUAGACCAUCCUAUUAGUAGCACUAAUGAGAUAAUUCUUCACAACGAAUUCAGCAUUUGGAACUCAUUUUGGUUCUCCCUCGGAUCCUUUAUGCAGCAAGGCAGUGACGUCGUGCCGAGGUCUUUGUCCGGAAGAAUAGUGGGCACGGUAUGGUGGUUCUUUGCACUCAUUCUGGUAUGUUCAUACACGGCCAAUCUGGCUGCCUACCUGAUUGUCGAGCGCAUAGCCGAGCCAGCCCAGGCCCUGCACUACCCGUCGAAUAUGGCGCACUCAGAACAUUUGCCGCACAAUACAGAUAACAGGCUAAAAAUGGUGGACCGCAUCGACAUUUUACCGGAAGGAAUCAACUUGGCCAUCGUAAAUUUGAAGAAGGAAGGAGUCAUAACGAAGCUUUGGCGUAAAUGGGUGAUGAACGCUAAACAAUCGGACUGCGACGCUGUAAAAGAUGAAGAGGCUUCAAUUACGGAGAUGACAUUGGGCCAAGUCGCGGGCAUAUUCUACGUGCUAGUGGGUGGAUUGGCUCUAGCGUUGACUGUGGCUCUGCUAGAGUUUUGUCAGCAUGGCCGAGCUGAAGCGGCGCGAGCUAACGUUCCGUUGCGCGCAGCGUUACGCGCUAAGGCAAGGAUGGCUUCGCGCACCGAUCGCAAGACUCCAAUACAACGCACACCGCAGAGAGACCAUGAUCGCCUCGGAUGGAAUGGCGCUGCUUUUGCUGGGUACUUCACUGCCGGCACUCAGAUCGCCCAAGAAGACACGGUCCACGCCAAUUUUACCCACGUCUGAUCCGCGGAGAAGGGCGGCGGCGUCAACGUGCGCCGGACGUCCAUCACCAAGCAACCCAACAACGUAGAUCUGUACCAACUUUAAUACUUAUUUGUUUGUUUCAAGGUCCAGAUUACAGUAGCAAGAAACAUCUGAAAGGCGUAUGAUCUGACAUGUUUUGCCACUUGGAUGAAAUAAA